AUGUACACCCUUGUCCUCGUAUUCUUGCUCCUUGCGUCCUUCGUCCUCUACACACGGUAUAAGAAUAAACCACCGCCCGGCACAAAAGCUGCCCCUGGCCCCGCUGGCCUCCCAAUCCUCGGAAAUGCCCAUCAACUCGGCCAGCAGCCCCACCAGCAAGUCACGGCAUGGGCUCGUGAGUUUGGCGAGGUCUACAGGAUCCGCCUGGGCUGGAACGACUGGUACAUGAUAUGCUCGCCCGAUGCGUGCAAGGAGAUUCUCGACAAGCAGUCUGCGUACACCAGUUCGCGGCCGCCCGCCCCUGUUUCCCAGGAUGCUUUGUCUGGGGGGAAGAGGUUCUUGUUUAUGGAAUAUGGUCCCGAGUGGCGGAAGUUGAGGAGCAUCAGCCACAAGCUGCUGACACCGGCCGUCAGCGCUACCUUUAAACCGAGCCAAGAAUUCGAGGCCAAAAUGCUGCUAGAGGAGAUUCUGAACGGGGCAGACGUGAGCAAAGGAAAUGGGGUUAGUUACAAGGCGAUCAAAAGGUACACGGUCAGUGUUAUCAUGACCAGUACCUAUGGGCGGCGCAUACCAGAGUGGGGUUGCAACGAAGUGCAUCAGAUCUACAGCAUCAUGGAAGACUUUUCCAACGUAGCAAAGCCAGGCACAUACCUUGCUGACACACUUCCCUUCCUUGGAAACCUUCCCCCGAGCCUGCAGUGGUGGCGUAAAGACGUCAAGCCAUACUUUGAGAAGCAAGCUAGCCUCUGGAUGUCUUUUUGGAGCACACUCAAGACCCAAAUGGAAACCAAGAAAGCGCCCGAGUGCUUUGUCAAGCAGUUCAUCGAGAGUGACUACGAGAAGCAGGGUAUCAGCGAACUGCAGGCUGCGUUCCUCGCGGGCAGUAUGAUUGAGGCUGGAAGUGAAACAACAUCUGCAGCACUCAACACAGCGAUCCUUUACCUUUGUGCAAACCCUCAUGCUAGGCAACGAGCCUUUGAAGAAAUCCAGAGGGUGACCGGGUCCUCUCGAUCCCCAACGUUCGAUGACGAGCCCAUGCUGCCAUAUAUUCGCGCCAUUGUCAAGGAAACACUGCGCCUACGUCCCGUCACCAAUAUCGGCACACCGCACUACACCACGGCGCCCGUAAUAUACAAGGGCAUACACAUUCCAGCCAACUCGGUCGUCUGUCUCCAGCAGUACCCCAUUCACUAUGAUCCAAGUAUUUUUGACCAACCCGAGCGCUUCCACCCAGAGAGAUACCUCAACCAUCUCCACGGAUCAGGACACUACGCUGCUGGCCCUGCAGCUAGCCGCGACCACUGGGCUUUUGGUGCAGGCCGUAGAAUCUGCUCUGGCAUGCACCUGGCAGAGAAUAGCAUGUUCAUUGUGCUUGCAAAGUUGCUGUGGGCUUUUGACAUUCUGCCACCAAUCGAUAACACAGGUAAGGAGAUUGAGGUGGAUACCAGCGAUGCGGCUUUUAAAGCGACGGGCAGUAGCACAAUGGCAAGGCCUUAUGCUGUGAGAUGGAGGGUAAAGUCUGAAGCGGUCAAAGAUACAAUUUUAAAAGAAGCGGCUGAGGCGAGAAGGGAUGGCUAUGUGCUUAGAGGGGUACGUGUAGGUGAGGAGGGUGUUGAGGUUUGA